AAGAACAAAUGGCAGGGAGGAGAAAGAGUGCGCGCAAGUAAGAGCGAUUUGCGCGACCGCGGGACACGCGAAACGAUUCGAUCGUUCGUAUCAAGAGUAUCUCCUCGUUCGUCGAGUACCUCGUGAAUAAUAUUCAUUGAUUAUAUUUGACGAACAACCACCAAUAGUCUCGCUAAUUCCUCACUGUUAUUCUAUUGUCACGAUUCGCGAUUCGAUCAUUGAGGUUAGGUAGUUAGUUCAUUGCUAAAUGUCGUUAAACGAGAUAGGGAUAAGGAGGAACAAGUAGGAACAAGUAGGAGGUGUGUGUGUUGUGUGUGCGGGGUGCAUGCUUGCGUGCGCGUAUGCGCGUGGUAUGGUGUCUGCUGCUGUGUGUAUGAGAGAGAGAGAGAGAGAAGGGAUAAGGUCGUUGGUGGCGCUGUGAAGCUUGGAUGCACGAGAAUAAUUAAAAUCAAUGUGACGUCGGUGCGGUGUUUGUCGGGUUGCGUCCUGCGUGCAUUGGUUAAUUUCAAAAAAGUUUCAUUUAAACGAGCAACAUACACACACACACACACUCAUUGAGAGAGGGAUGUCGAACGGAUUGAUGCUGCCAAAUGACAAUCACGAUACGUGCCAGACGACUAGCACCACCUCGAUGGUUGCCGCUAAUGCCGCUGCAUCCGUGGAGGGGUUGCAGGGGGAACACUCUACUGGGAUGGACCAGCAGAACCUUACCAGGCCUAGAUUGAAGAGACCCGCUGAGUCUGAUCUGGAAGGUGUACCUAUACCAAAGAAGCGUCACAAAAAUCCACAACCAAAGAAUGCGGUAUGCGCUUUAAACGAAUUGAAAACCGGUGCGGUAUACAAGGUGGUUGGUCAAACUGGACCUACUCAUGCUCCUAUAUUUACCAUCGCAGUACAGAUAGAUGGACAAACUUAUGAGGGCAAAGGACGUACCAAAAAAAUGGCUAAACAUGCUGCCGCUGAACUUGCUUUAAGAAAUAUAGUACAGUUCCGUAAUACACCAGAAGUACACCAAGCUAUUAAUACGUGCCAGCCUGUUGUUCCCCUAGAACCAGAUUUUACCAGCGAUGUCACAGAGAGGGAUAAUCAUCUUGUAAAUGCGUUCAAGACAUUGACUCAAGAACCAAAAAAUACGAACAAAUUUUUAGACAAAGGUCCCGUUGCACUCAUCAAUGAGCUAUAUCCUGGAGUUGUAUACAAAUGUAUAUCGGACAAUGGAGAAAGUUAUGCAAAAUUUACAAUAUCUGUAACAAUAGAUGGAGAAACUUUUGAAGGCACUGGCCCGAGUAAAAAGCUGGCCAAAGCUGCAGCUAGUAAAGCAGCCUUGGCAAAAUUAAGGAAUGUCCACAGUUCUUCUUUUUGCAUUCAGCUCCCCGUUCGUGUAUUACCUAACUUUUCAAAUUCUGGCCACUGGCAAGAACAAAUGACUUUGCCACAAAUCUUGGCAGAUAAAAUAGGAAAAAUGGUAAAUCAAAAAUUCACUGAACUUAUACAAAGUAAGCCACAACAUGCUCGACGCAAAGUAUUAGCUGGCAUAGUGCAAACAAACGGAUCGGAUGCUGAAUUAAUAUGCGUCACUACUGGUACAAAAUGUGUAUCCGGGGAUCAUUUAAGUGUAAGCGGUAGGGCUUUAAAUGAUUGCCAUGCAGAAGUGGUAGCUCGACGUUGUCUCUGCGAAUAUUUGUACAAACAGUUGGAGUUGCAUACUGAAAACCGAUCCGCUGAGUCUGUCUUGGAACGCAUAAAAAAGGGAUUUAGGUUGAAACAGGGAAUUCAGUUUCAUUUGUACAUAAAUACAGCUCCUUGCGGAGAUGCUAGAAUAUUUUCUCCUCACGAAGAAAACGAAUCCGUGGACAAACAUCCUAACAGAAGAGCCAGAGGUCAAUUAAGAACUAAGAUAGAAUCGGGAGAAGGUACUAUACCUGUAAAGAGUAGCGAAGGAAUUCAGACAUGGGAUGGUGUGCUUAUGGGACAAAGACUGCUGACGAUGUCGUGUUCAGACAAAAUAGCUCGAUGGAACGUACUUGGUGUGCAAGGUGCACUUCUAAGCCACUUCAUCGAGCCAAUUUACUUCCACAGCAUCGUUCUCGGCAGUCUGUUGAACCCUAGUCACAUGUAUCGAGCUGUUUGCGGCCGUAUUGAAAAUACUAUUCAAGGUCUACCACCACCUUACAGGCUCAACAAACCAUUGAUGAGUUUAAUAACUUCGUCCGAAGUAAGGCAACCAGGCAAGGCACCGAAUUACAGCGUUAAUUGGACUAUCGGUCAAAGCGAAGCAGAAGUAAUUAACUGUACUACAGGAAAAGACGAAUUAGGUAAACCUUCUAGAAUUUCAAAGCAGGGCCUCUUCAGGAAGUUCUUCAGUCUAUUAGGUAAAUUGGAAACAAUUGAUGAUGCCGAUCAAAAUCAAUGUCGUCAUUAUCUUGAAGCGAAAUCGUCAGUUCAAAAUUAUUCUCUUGCAAAACGUCAAUUGAAGGACGCGUUUGUACGCGCUCAACUUGGCAGUUGGGUUAAAAAACCACUUGAACAAGAUAUGUUUGAGGUGGAUAUCUGACUAAAUCGGUGUAUCAAUGCAAAUCUAAGGAAUAGGGUAAAUUCUCAAUUAGCGGAGUAUGUAGUUCCUAGUGUAAAAUAGAUCACUCGUUCGGCGUGUCAUGCUAUGGCAGAAUUUGGCAUCAGUAAAGCAUAAAUCGUAGGAUGUUGAAAGCAAGAUAAUAUUUUGACUUUGUUAUUGCACGAUCCAACGAGUAGUAAUGAACGUGUUCACGUUUAAAAAUUGUACAAUAAAAAUCGAUUGUUUUCGAUUGAGAUCAAAAACAGCAUAGUCAAAUCUCGGUACUCUUCGAAUUUUUUGGUCUUUAAUGCUAGUCACACGUCAAUUUUUGACAGUUUCUAUAGACUGGUAGAUAGAUAAGGACGAAAUGUUUUGUUUCGUAAAACGUUAAUAGAGUUAAUCGACGAAAAGGAUGCAAAAAAAGUAUUUUAAAAGGCUUUUGAUUUUACGUUAUUACGGAGUGUCGUAAGAAAGAAAUUUGUGGAUAUUUCACGAUGAAACGAGUCAGCACAUAUCCAUUAUUCUUCGAGGUCCUAUUGUUAAAAUUUGUCAUUGUUCUCUUAUAGCUAACUUAAGUUUUCUUAGAUGAAAGAGAAAUUUGACGGAAGACCCUUUACCUCCUCCCUUCUCUUUCCAUCCCUUGUUAAUUCCCAACAUUUUCUACAUUAUCUAUCCAUUUUUAUCGAGGUGUACCUCUAUGCUUCGUGGUUGGUAAGCUUUCGAUCGAUAAAACUUUUCACCUUGAAUAUUUUAUUUUUUAUUUUUUAAUAUCUCUUAAAAGAAAAAAAAAAGAAAAGAAAAAGGUUAUCAAGGUAACGUUAAUAAUUCGUUUUAACAUAAACCACGAAGGUGUAAUUUGAAAUUUCAAUAGCACGAGUAAUAUACGUGAUAUCGCAAAUGCUAAUUUUACGAAUCUUUUUUGCCGACUAUAUAUGAUACUAGGAUCACGUGUUCCAAGAAGCCACGUUAUAUCUGCAUUCAUAUGCAUUCUAUGUAUAUACUUGUAGUAGACAAAGAGGAAAAAAGAGAACAUUUCGAAAGGGUUCUCUUUUUUUUUCUUUUCUCUAAUUUCUUAUAUUUGAAAUUCUAGUCCAUGCUCUCCUGGAUGAUAAUUGAGCAAUUUUUCAAAAGACUCUUAGCAAUAUCAUCGCUUUUAUUAACUAGUUCUUCUACUUGUUCGUUUAACGUGUAAUGAUUUUUGAUUUAAAACAAAAAAAAAACAAAAAAAAAGAAAACUAUAUAAAAUAGAAACGUUUAGAAUAUUCGUAACAGGCUAUUACACCACUGGCAAAACGAGCACCUCGUCCCUCUUUUUCCCCUUUACAUCUUUUAAAAAAAUCCAAGCAAUCGUUAGAACUAGUAUUCAAACUUCGCGAUAGUUUUACUUCGAGUCUCUCGCGAAAAAAAAGACAUUAUCAUUGUCCAAUACCGUAUAGCGAGAGAUAUCUAGCCGCGUAAUUACGGUAUUGUUAUUUUUGUUGUCCUUGUAAGGUUUCAAUACUUAUCACAGCGGCAUAGUUUUAAAAGCUGCCGUAUAUUGCAUCCCUGUGAAAGGCUGUGACCAGAUCCAGAUUUUAACGAAGGAUUUUUUCAAGACGUCUAAUCGUUCACAUUUCAUCGUGAAGAUAGAUAAACGAUAAAUAAAUACAAGUUGAAAAGAAUGAUCGAAGAAUCUUUCUUUUUUAAAGCGAGAGAUGAAGAAAAAAAACUUUGUGAUAAAGAAAAUACGUCGUAUAUCUUUUUUUUCUUUUCUUGAAUUUGUCGUUUAUCGUCUUCGCAAAUCCUUCGAUGAGACAAGAAGAAAAGAG